UUUCGGCACAGAGAAAGACAAGGUCAACUGUUCCUUCUAUUUUAAAAUCGGAGCUUGCAGACAUGGAGACCGCUGCUCGAGAUUGCACAACAAACCAACCUUCAGCCAGACCAUCUUGAUUCAGAACAUCUACCGAAAUCCCCAGAACAGUGCACAGACCGCAGAUGCUUCACGCUACCAUUUCCCUCUUGAACAUUUACCUUCAUAACCUUCAAAACUCAAGUCUGCUGGUGGUUUGCACUGUGCCGUCAGUGAUGUGGAAAUGCAGGAGCACUAUGAUGAGUUCUUUGAGGAGGUGUUCACAGAGAUGGAGGAGAAGUACGGAGAGGUGGAGGAGAUGAACGUGUGCGAUAACUUGGGCGACCACCUCGUCGGCAACGUCUACGUUAAGUUUCGUCGCGAGGAGGAUGCAGAGAAAGCAGUCAUGGACCUGAACAACCGUUGGUUCAAUGCUCAACCCAUCCACGCAGAGCUCUCCCCGGUCACUGACUUCAGGGAAGCUUGCUGCCGCCAGUAUGAAAUGGGAGAGUGCACCCGAGGUGGUUUCUGCAACUUCAUGCACCUGAAACCAAUAUCACGAGAACUUCGAAGGGAGUUGUAUGGCCGCCGGAGGAAAAGGCACCGCUCUGGCUCGCGCUCCAGGGAACGACGCUCCCGCUCCAGGGAUCGACGGCGGGACCGUGAAAGGCGGAGGUCGAGGGAUCGGGAGCGCUCUGGAAGGUUCUAAAGGAAGCCAAGACUGUCCCAAUGUUCCCACAACACAUCCUUCCCUCUUUACCCCAGCAGUGAUGACAGUUACUUUAUUUUUGGUGAAUUGUUCAAAGUGUUUUUUUUUUUUUUCUUUCUUUCUUUUAUUCCCUUUUUUUAAGACGAGCUUGUGUCGCUUUCUCAAUAAAACAGAUUUGUAACUCAGA